ACGACUCUCACGACCGACAAAAAACGACCAUGACCAACCACCACCACAACCACCUCCAUGCCCCUCUCCGAUCAGCCCCACCAUCCUCGUCCUCUCAAACCUUUACAUCGAAGCUCCUCCUCCUCCUCACUCUCCUCCCCCUCUCUCUCGCUGCCUUAGCUUUCAUCCUCCAAUGGCGUGGCGGCAUCCCCGACCCCACCACCCGCUGGUCCCCUCCUGGUUCCCACCACCUCUUCCCUGGCAUGGACGCAUCUCCUCUUUCCUCCGCCGUCGUCCAUUCCUCGCCCUCCGAUUGCCUUAGUCUCGGUCGUUCAGCUUCGCCUUCGAUUCCCUACUAUCAGAAUUGGAAGUUUGAUACUGUAUCCAAUUUAAGACCAAAGAUAUGUAUUACUACAAGUACAUCAGCUGGUUUAGAACAGAUUUUGCCGUGGAUGUUUUAUCACAAGGUUAUUGGAGCUACUACCUUUUUCUUAUUUGUGGAAGGAAAGGCUGCAUCUCCUGAAGUAUCUAAAGUUCUGGAGUCUAUUCCUGGAGUAAAGGUGAUAUACAGAACUAAAGAGCUUGAGGAACAACAAGCUAAAAGUCGGAUCUGGAAUGAGACUUGGCUGUCCAGUUUCUUUUACAAACCUUGCAAUUAUGAGCUAUUUGUGAAGCAGUCUCUCAACAUGGAGAUGGCUAUUGUCAUGGCAAGGGAUGCUGGAAUGGACUGGAUAAUUCAUGUUGACACGGAUGAGUUACUGCACCCAGCUGGGGCCAAGGAGUAUUCUUUAAGGCAGUUGCUGCUUGAUGUGCCUGGGAAUGUGGAUAUGGUCAUUUUCCCGAACUAUGAGAGCAGUGUUGAACGGGAUGAUAUUAAGGAACCAUUUACUGAGGUUUCCAUGUUUAAGAGGAAUUAUGACCAUGUACCAAAAGACACAUACUUUGGUAUGUAUAAAGAGUCAGUUCAUGGUAACCCAAACUACUUUUUGACUUAUGGAAAUGGGAAAUCGGCUGCUCGAGUCCAAGAUCAUCUUCGUCCUAACGGUGCACACAGAUGGCACAAUUAUAUGAAGACCCCAAACGAGAUCAAAUUUGAAGAGGCUGCUGUUCUGCACUACACAUAUGCCAAAUUUUCAGACUUAACAUCUAGACGUGAUCGGUGUCGCUGCAAGCCUACAAAGGAAGAUGUCAAAAGAUGCUUUAUGUUGGAGUUUGACAGAUCUGCAUUCAUAAUUGCAUCAACUGCAACCAAGGAGGAAAUGCAGAAGUGGUACCAUGAACACAUUGUGUGGGAUGACAAAGACAUAAGAAUCAAACUUUUGAGAAAGGGAAUUUUGACUCGGAUAUACGCUCCCAUGGCCAUAAUAAAAGGACUAAGGGAGUCGGGUGUCUUCAGCUCCGUUAUUGCAUCUGCCCCAACAACUCUCUCAAAAGAAAAGUUUUUGCUGACCAUUAAUGGUAGUAGCUCCUCGAGAGCUGCUGCCUCCGAAUCCCACCCGUCAUUGAGGAAGAUUGGUAGAAGCAGAGAGAGUAAGGCUACUGCCAGGAAGGCCUUGGAUAUUGAAACUGCUGAAUUUCAAGAAGUGGCUGUUCCACCAUUGUCCCCUCCGGGAAUGGACGAUAACCAGGCCAGUGUGGAAGUGUAAAAUAAGGUCCUUUAUCAUGAUUGAAUCAUUAAAAUACAUUACGAAGUAGGUUUUACAAAAACAUGUAUCAAAAGUUGUGUAAAAAAAAGCUGUUCCACGGAUCCGGCCCUAUAUUCAUGCAUUAUGAGUGUAAUCUAUUCUUUUCAAUUUUGUAUAGUGAAUGUAACAUUUAAAUUGAGAAUUUGAGAUUCACAUUUGAUA